AUGGCGCAAGAGCAGCUCGUCCUCCGCGGCACCAUGCGCGCCCACACCGACUGGGUCACCGCCAUCGCCACUCCCAUCGACAACUCCGACAUGAUCGUCACCUCCUCCCGCGACAAGUCCAUCAUCCUGUGGGCCCUGACUAAGGAAGACCGCAACUUCGGCGUCCCUCGCCGCCGCAUGAAUGGUCACUCUCACUUCGUCCAAGACGUCGUCCUCUCAUCCGACGGCCAGUUCGCUCUCUCCGGUUCUUGGGACGGCGAGCUCCGCCUCUGGGACCUCCAGACCGGCGUAACCGCCCGCCGAUUCGUUGGCCACACUAAGGAUGUCCUCUCUGUCGCCUUCUCCGUCGACAACCGCCAGAUCGUGUCCGCCUCCCGCGACAAGACUAUCAAGCUCUGGAACACCCUCGGCGAGUGCAAGUACACCAUCCAGGACCAGGACGGCCACUCCGACUGGGUAUCGUGCGUCCGUUUCUCACCCAACACCCUUCAGCCCACCAUCGUGUCCGGCUCCUGGGACAGAACCGUCAAGAUCUGGAACCUGACCAAUUGUAAGCUCAGAUCGACUCUGGCCGGACACGCUGGGUAUUUGAACACUGUUGCCGUGUCCCCUGAUGGAUCUCUGUGCGCCAGCGGCGGGAAAGAUGGGGUGAUUCUGCUUUGGGAUCUGGCUGAGGGAAAGAAACUCUACUCAUUGGAUGCCGGAUCUAUUAUCCACGCGCUCUGCUUCAGCCCGAACAGGUACUGGCUAUGUGCUGCCACUGAGUCCAGCAUUAAGAUUUGGGAUUUGGAGAGCAAGAGUGUUGUUGUGGAUCUCAAGGUGGACCUCAAGCAAGAGAGUGGUGUUAUUUCUGUUGAAGGGACCCAAACCGCCCCUGGGAAGACCAAGGUCAAUUACUGCACCUGUCUCAACUGGAGUGCCGAUGGAAGUACUCUUUUCAGUGGUUAUACUGAUGGUGUUGUCCGACUGUCGGCGUUGGAGCACUUUUUCGGCCAUGGGUUGGGCUUCACGGCGGCUGCCCUCUCUCCGGCUGUUGUCCCAUGUCAAUGGAGGCGGACUCCAUCGCGCCGUCCUCCCCCGUCCGACGUGGUUUGUCGGGUGGAUUUCCAUGUUGUCAGUUCUUUCUUCUGGCUUAGAGCUUUUGGGAGUUCAGAUUUAGGCUCGAAUUUUGAUUCCUCGCCAGAUUUGUCUAGUCGCUCGAGUUCUGACCGAAAUUUUUAG